GUCGUUUUUCCUGCACCACAACUUGAUUUCCUUUCUCGUUCUCCAAAAUCUUCACCACACACAACUCCCUUAGAAUAUUUCUUUAAGUAAAUCGAACCUCUCUCAAUGACCGAACCCUAUCGUCUCACGGCAAGUGAAGCCGUAGCACUCAUGAGAAAGGGGCAGCUUACAGUAGAAGACUAUGCGAAGUCCCUUCUCGCACGUGUGAAAGAUCGAGAUCACGUGGUAAAAGCCUGGGCGUAUCUCGAUCCUGAGUUUGUGCUUGCACAAGCCGGAAAGCUCGAUCAGGUAGCCCCCGAGAAAAGAGGGCCGUUGCAUGGCAUAGCGAUUGGUGUUAAGGAUGUUAUUCUGACAAAAGAUAUGCCCACCGCCCACAACUCUCCGAUUUAUAAGGAUGGGCCAGCUGCCCUCGUUGAUGCCGCGCCAAUUAUUACACUGCGUGCUGCAGGAGCACUCAUAUUUGGCAAAACGACUACAACGGAGUUUGCAUCAACCACCCUCGGCGGCCCGUCAGCAAACCCACACGACCCCUCCCGCACACCUGGUGGCUCUUCCUCCGGUUCAGGAGCGGCUGUUGGAGACUGCCAGGUUCCCAUAGCCCUCGGCACGCAAACAGGAGGGUCCACCAUCCGCCCAGGCUCCUUCAACGGAAUUUACGCCUUCAAGCCAACCUGGGGCGCCAUCUCCCGCGAAGGGCUGACACAAUACAGCAUGACCUGCGACACGCUCGGCCUCUACGCCCGCUCUGCCGCCGAUCUCGAACUCCUCUCCUCCGUCUUCCAACUUUGCGAUGACGAACCUGUUCCAUCAACGCCCUUCCCUAUCUCUGGAUCCAAGAUUGCUUUCUUGAAAACGCACGUUUGGCCAAAGGCCGGACCUGGCUUGGAGAAAGCGUGGGAGAAAGCUAAGUGGUUGUUGGAGGGGAAAGGGGCGAGUAUUGAGGAGAUUGAAUUGCCGGAGGAGUUUAAGAGCAUUUCGAAAUGGCAUGGAGAUGUGCUUGCCGGUGAGGGGAGGACAAGUUUUCUUGGGAAUUAUCUCCUAGCAAAGGAGAAAAUGCACCCCAUGCUUCACGGCCACGUUGAGAACCACACGAAGCUUACGAGGAAAGCACAACUUGAAGCGUAUGAUGGGUGCGCGAGACUGAGACCGGUGUGGGACGAGAUCGCGAGUAAGUACGAUGCUGUCUUCACUCCAGGUGCGGUAGACGAAGCUCCUGUAGGCAUUGAGAGUACUGGUGAUGCUUCGUUCUGCAGCAUGUGGACUAUUCUCCAGGUUCCAGCACUCAAUGUUCCGGGGUUCGCAGGUGAGAAUGGGUUGCCAAUUGGGUUGACGUUAGUGGGGCCAAGAUAUCAUGAUUUGCAUGUUUUGUAUACCGGGAAGGCUAUUGGUGAGGUGUUUGAGAAGGACGGAGGCUUUCGGCCAAAUCUUUUUUGAUAAAGCCUUGGGUACGAAGUUCGAUGCUCGCAUGAGACUUCGUAAUCUUACAAUGCAAUAUGUAAUAAAUUUAUCUAGAAAGCUCCCCCGGCCCGUUCCCCAUUUGGACCUCCCGCCAAACCUCACGGCCUGGAUUUCUAGUCGGAAGUAUCUCCAGCAAGUAGGGCACAGGCGC